AUGACUCCUCGACUGCUCCUCUUCGCAGGAGCACCGCCGGCUUCAGCGCUGACCGCCCACUCGUGCACCAUAACACAAAUCGACGAUGCCUUUGCGGAUUUUUUAGGGCUCGUUCCUCGCGGAUCAAGUCCCACGGGGUCUUCAAGUCUUGUGCCGUGGCGCUCUCUGCCGCUGGAUAGAAAACCUUUGCAUACGGGGUUUAGCCAGAGGCAUGACAUCAGCAUCAACCUGGCCAACCAGUCCGACUUCUUCACCACGGCUGACGUCUCGUUUAAAGAACAGUCGCAGUCAUUUGAAAGUGUUGAUGCGGAGACGGUGCUGUCUCAUUUUUACGACCACUCUUUGGCAGUGCAUAAUUCAAUUCCCUCGUCGCAACUGGAUAGCUUCGAGGAGACGACGUUUGAAGAGACAUCGUUCAUGACGACUUCUUUUGCGGGACGGAUUGAAGCGGAAGAGUCUAUGCCUUCUCAUCUAUCUGACUUGGAAGAUAUACCGCCUGCGCCGAAGAUCCUGGCUCUUAAUCCCCAGACUGUUACACUUAAUAUCAUUGCCGGUAUUAUAUCCAUUGCCCAGCCCCGAACCGUAACCACGCGCUGGGGCCGCACGCUGUCACUAGUUGAGAUCCUCCUUGGCGAUGAUACAAAGACGGGCUUUGCUGUUACCUUUUGGCUUGAGCAAGAAAACGCCGCGGCCGCUGAGAUUAGCGCCCUUCGACGGCAGGAUGUAGUCCUCAUGCAGAAUGUCGCGCUUCAUGUGUUCAAGGGCAAAGUAUACGGCCAGAGUCUUCGCAGGGGUAUGACCAAGGUGAGCUUGUUAUGGAGAAGAGAUGGAUCCGGGUUGUACUCGACGAGGGAGCUCUCGAAGCGUGGCCAAAUGUCUCCGCAACUACAAAAGGCGAAACAGGUGAAAGACUGGGUGCUCAAAUUCGUGGGAGCCGACGUUGGGGUAAAGACAAGAUCUAGAAAUGCACGGGUUUCAUGGGACAGACCACCGGAUGAUACACAAUAA